AGAAGGUGGGAGGCGAAUCUCGUGGAAUUCUCUCUCCACUGCUCGCCGGAAGCCACGAAAUCGCCAACCCACGAAUCUUCCCUCACAACCAGUCCACACCGCCGCGCCAAGUUCCGAUCUUGCCGCCCGAGCUGCACUCCGGCCGUCCCCAGUCCCCCCGUUCGAGCCUCCCGCCGCGAAUUCCGCCGGCUCGUCGACCCUGGCAGUAUACCCACCAGCACUAGAGUCUAAUCGUAGCAACUCAGUCGCUCACCUGCAGCAAAUGGAAUCAGGUGAAAACAACAUGGGCUCGAAUGAUGGACCAAACAGCAAAGCUAGCUUGGCUGCGAGGCAACGCUUACGGUGGACAGAUGAGUUGCAUGAACAAUUUGUGGAGGCUGUUACUCAACUUGGCGGUCCUGAUAGAGCAACUCCUAAAGGAGUUUUGAGAAUUAUGGGUACGCCAGGAUUAACAAUAUACCAUGUGAAAAGUCACUUGCAGAAAUACAGGCUAGCAAAGUACAUUCCCGACUCUUCAGCUGAUGGUAACAAGGCUGAUAACAAAGAUCCAGGGGAUUCAUUAGCAGGACUUGAUGGAUCCUCUGGAAUGCAGAUAUCUGAAGCCCUGAAGCUGCAGAUGGAGGUCCAAAAGCGGUUGCAUGAACAGCUCGAAGUACAAAGGCAGCUGCAGCUGCGAAUCGAGGCACAGGGAAAGUACCUUAAGAAAAUCAUAGAAGAGCAACAGCGUUUCGGUGGUAUAAAGUCUGAAACACCUGGUGCAGGAGCUACUGUCACAGCGUCGAGCGAUCAGUUCCCUGACUCUGAGAGGACAGAUCCCUCGACUCCUGCACCCACAUCUGAAUCUGCAUCUCAGGGUGCAGCUUUCAAAAGAGACAGUGGAAGCCAGACCGAAGCAAUCAAGAGUCCAUGUCACGAUGAACCGCUGCUAACAGCAGAUUCCAACUGUCAUCCCGGUUCUCCUACUCUCAGUCCGAAGCACGAGAGGGCAGCAAAGAGGCAGCGAAGCAGCGACGCCGAGUUCCCGGAGGCCGAGUUGUCCCUUCCGCAGCAUAUCUUUGAGUCGAGCUCGGGGCCGGAGUUCCAGCAAUGUUCGGUGCCCUACUUCUCGGGUCAUUAGCCUCCCGGCAACGACAUUUUGGCAGCAUCUUAGAAUGGUGUCAUCUAAAGGGGAUAUGCUGUUGUAUGUUGACAUAAAUUGUUAGGUGUUUUCAGGUGGUUGUUUACAUGAUGCAUACUUACACAUGACAUCUAUAUCUCGCAUUCUUAGCGCCUUGACUUGUAACCUUAUUGGCAGAUGAGUUGACAGUUUGGGUAGGGGGGUUGGUGGCCACUGUUAGCCUGUUUUUACAUGCUAUGUUUUCUACUCU